GCGACGGCGGGUGGCGGGUUGCCGGACACGUCUUCUCCCGCCGCACGAAUACUUUUGCCUCGCUUCCCGACGCGUACUCACGUCGGCUCUCUCUCACGGACGCGUCCGUAAACGUCGGGAAGGCGAGGACACGCAGUGCGGCACCGAGGAUUCUGUCGUCGCCCAGGGAGGCGACCAGCUCCAGAGGAUGACUAUGGACGGCGUAGAGGUGGUGGGCUCGCAGCCGCACGCGGCCACCAGCCCGUUUCUGCUCUCCUCGCCGCCGUUGGGCCAUCAUCAUCAUCAUCACGCGACGUUCAAUUUGCCGGUGCAGCUUAGCUUCGACGCGUGUUUACCUUACAACGCGGCCUCCUCGUCCGGCUCGGUCACCUGCGGCGUCACCGGGCCGCCCCCCGUUAACGCGACCUGCACGAAUUCCUCCUCGAGCAGCUGCGGCAAGAGCACGCCGCAGCUCUCCCUGUCCUCGAGCGUGCCGCUACAUAUGCAGCUUCAGAUCAGCUCGACCGCUCCCCCCUCGGAACACAACCACGGCCGGCAUCAUCAGCAUCACUUGGUGGACCAGCAUCGAUUGGACGAUCAUCACCAGCAUCAGCUGGUGCACGUCAAUGCGUCCUCGCCGUCCACCGACACCGUGGACGGUAAGCGGCACCGGCAGCCCGAUGACGACGACAAGAGCUGCAUCAGGAAUUGCAGGAGCGACAUUCACGAUACGAACGAUAAGGAUAAGCCCGGCGACCUGAACACGCCGGUCACCACCAGCAGCGACCUACCGUCUUUCUUCGGGCCCUCCGCGCUCGUCGAACCGCCACCGAUCUCAGGUACCUACAUCUCAGAGCUAGUCCUUAAGACGAGAGAAUCGAUCGAGGGAGACCACCCUAUCGUUUUCUCCUCAAUCGGAAUAUACCUACUUCGUCGCUACGACUUUAUUUGUAGCGUAACGCACAAGAGGGGGAACAAUACGAUACGCGCGAUUGUACGCGUAUGGCCGAGCUCGGGGCCGAUCGGACACGAUCUGUAUCCCUCGUGAUUCGGCGAACGUUAACAGGAUUACAUGGGCGAAAACACGGCGCCGAUUGAAUACGUACUGUUUCGCUUUCGUCGACCUUUCGCUUUCUAUACGAUCCGCGAGCUCCUCGCGCUUCCUCGAUGCCUGGUCGUUAGCAUCUGCAUCAUUCGCGGGAAAAUUUCGGUAACCGCCUAAAGUACCCCGAGCACCGCACUCUCGAGCGGGUGCGUCAAGCAGCCGUGGCGUCUGCGGAGAGGAGCCAUGAGGCGUGUUACUGACGUUUAUUACACUCGCCCGCGAAAACACGUAAUA